GUCAUCCUCUUGGCGCCCGAAUUGUCCACUUCUUCGCGCCUCACAAGCUUAGCUUCUUCCUGUAGAGCUUCACUGGCGUGGUCAUCCACGGCUAAUUAGGGUUUCUCCUUUUCCUUGCGCCUGAGCCCUGAUGGCCACCUGGCUCUAGGGUUUUUACAGACGCCAUUGGCUUCUCUCUCUAGACUGGAAAAGCUCAAUUUCCAGCAAAGCUAGCGGUUUAUUUUGACAACCUUAUCCUUUUGUCUUUCACCAUCAAUUCGAGAUUCUUACCCAUGCAUUUAGAGUUUCUCCCCGUUCUAUUGAUUGCAUGAAUGACCAAAUUAUUCCGGUUUUCUCACACUAGACUGAAAACCCCAAGUAUAAAAUGGCGUUCUCAAGGCCAAGCUUCUUCAGUCCCAGAGUUUACAGAUGCAAUCCAUUUUUAUUCCCGACCACAUUUCGUUCAUAUUGGUCGGGUUCAUCUACGAGUCAGUGGAAGUUCAAGCGUCUCAGUCGAAAAUCUUUCUCAGCCAUGGCAGCGGUAAGAGGUGGAUUCAUCUCUCCAGAGACUUCGAAAUCAUUUGAUUUUACAGCCGAGGAGAGGAUAUAUAGCUGGUGGGAAUCCCAAGGACUUUUCAAGCCAAAUUGUGAUUGUGGAGGGGACCCUUUUGUAAUUUCCAUGCCUCCGCCUAAUGUUACUGGGGCUUUACACAUGGGACAUGCAAUGUUUGUCACUCUCGAGGAUAUUAUGGUUAGAUACUCCCGUAUGAAGGGCAGGCCAACACUAUGGAUCCCUGGCACUGAUCAUGCUGGCAUCGCAACUCAGUUGGUUGUAGAGCGUCUAUUGGCCUCUGAUGGCAUAAAAAGGACUGACCUGAGCAGAGAGGAGUUUACAAGCAAAGUUUGGAAAUGGAAAGCAAAAUACGGUGGGGCAAUAACAAAUCAAAUAAAGAGAUUGGGUGCAUCUUGUGAUUGGAGUAGGGAGCACUUCACACUUGAUGAGCAGCUAAGUCGCGCUGUUGUCGAGGCUUUUGUUAGCUUGCAUGAGAAAGGCCUAAUAUAUCAAGGUUCAUAUAUGGUCAAUUGGUCUCCCAAACUUCAAACUGCUGUCUCCGACUUGGGCACCAAGAUCAAUAAGGUCCCUCAAAUUCCACCUAAGUUCAAGAAGGAAGUAGAGUAUUCUGAAGAAGUUGGUUCUCUUUAUUACAUCAAAUAUCGUGUUGCUGGUGGUUCCAGGAGUGACUUUCUUACCAUAGCAACAACACGGCCAGAGACAUUAUUUGGUGAUGUAGCCGUUGCGGUGCAUCCUGAGGAUGAACGGUACGCUAUGUAUGUUGGCAGGCAAGCCAUUGUGCCCCUCACAUUUGGACGGCAUGUACCUAUUAUCGCUGACAAAUAUGUGGAUAAAGAAUUUGGAACUGGAGUGUUGAAGAUAAGCCCUGGGCAUGAUCACAAUGAUUAUCUUCUGGCAAGAAAGCUAGGUCUUCCUAUACUCAAUGUGAUGAACAAGGACGGGACUGUAAAUGAUGUCGCUGGACUAUACUGCGGACUUGACCGUUUUGAAGCCCGUAAAAAGGUUUGGUCAGAUCUCGAAGAGACCGGUCUGGCUGUGAAAAAGGAGUCCUAUAAUUUACGAGUUCCAAGAUCUCAACGUGGUGGAGAAGUAAUUGAACCACUUGUGAGCAAGCAAUGGUUUGUAGAAAUGGAGCCUUUGGCUGAGAAAGCUCUUGAUGCAGUGAAGAGAGGGAAGUUAACAAUUAUCCCUGAAAGGUUUGAGAAGAUAUAUAAUCAUUGGUUAUCGAAUAUCAAGGAUUGGUGUAUAAGUAGGCAGUUAUGGUGGGGGCACCGUAUACCAGUUUGGUACAUUGAAGGUAAGGAUUGUGAAGACUAUUAUGUUGUUGCAAGGGAUGAAUCUGAAGCACUUACUGUAGCUCAUGAGAAGUAUGGGAAAGGGGUGAAAAUAUAUCAGGAUCCGGAUGUUUUGGACACUUGGUUUUCAAGUGCUCUUUGGCCCUUCAGUACCCUUGGCUGGCCAGAUGUGUCAGCUGAGGAUUUCAAGCAUUUUUAUCCCACUACAGUCCUUGAAACAGGGCAUGAUAUUUUGUUCUUCUGGGUAGCUCGGAUGGUUAUGAUGGGAAUUGAGUUCACAGGGACUGUGCCUUUCUCAUAUGUCUAUCUCCAUGGACUUAUCCGAGACUCCCAAGGCCGAAAAAUGUCAAAAACAUUGGGAAAUGUCAUAGACCCAAUAGAUACCAUCAAGCAAUUUGGCACAGAUGCUUUACGAUUCACCCUUGCAUUGGGAACUGCUGGACAGGACCUUAAUUUGUCAACAGAAAGAUUGACUUCGAACAAGGCCUUCACCAACAAGUUGUGGAAUGCUGGCAAAUUUGUCUUGCAGAAUUUGCCAGAUGAAAGCGACUUGCCUGGUUGGGAAAACUUAUCGGCAUUCAAGAUUGAUACUGAGGAAUCUUUGCUUGGGCUACCUUUAACCGAGCGUUGGGUGGUCUCAAAACUUCACGAGCUUAUUGAUGAUGUCACUUCAAGCUAUGACAAAUUUUUCUUUGGAGAUGUUGGAAGAGCAAUCUAUGAUUUUUUCUGGGGCGAAUUUGCUGACUGGUAUAUUGAAGCUAGUAAAGCUCGUCUAUAUGCCACUGAAGACCUUUCAAUUACUUAUGUAGCACGGGCGGUCCUUCUGUAUGUCUUUGAGAAUGUACUUAAGUUACUCCAUCCUUUCAUGCCUUAUGUAACUGAAGCACUAUGGCAGGCUCUGCCUAAUCGUAAAAGUGCUUUAAUUGUAUCUAGUUGGCCCAACACUUCACUUCCGAGAGAUGCAAAAUCUGUCAAACAUUUUGAGAGUUUGCAGUCUUUGACGAGAGCUAUUAGAAAUGCUCGAGCUGAUUAUUCUGUUGAGCCUGCAAAGCGAAUAUCUGCUACCAUUUUUGCAAAUGAUGAUAUCCUGAAGCAUAUUUCAUCAGAAAAGCAAGUGCUGGCGCUACUUUCCAGGCUAGAUAUACAAAAUGUUCAUUUCACUGAUUCUCUUCCCGAACAUGUGAAACGGUCAGUUCACUUAGUGGCAGGGGAAGGUUUGGAAGCUUAUCUUCCUCUUGCAGAUAUGGUAGAUGUCUCAACAGAACUAAACCGUCUUUCAAAGCGCCUUUCAAAGAUGCAGACAGAGUACGACACACUUGUUAACCGCCUUAAAUCUCCGAAUUUUGUGGAGAAGGCCCCAUCAGAUGUUGUUAAAGGGGUUCAAGAGAAAGCAGCUGAAGCUGAAGAGAAGAUAACUCUAAUGAAAAAACGUCUAGCUUUCCUUGAAUCCACAGUUUUGGUCUCGGAUUAGCAUGUCCCUUUUCUGUUGCAGGCAUUGAUUAUUUAAUGUAUGUAUUUUCCUAUUAAUAAUUUAUUUUUUUCUUCAAUCUUACCUCUUUAUUUUAUGUAUGUAUUUACCUACAAAUAAUUUCUUUAUUUCUUCAAUCUUAUCUCUUUAUUCUUGUUUA